AUGCCACUGACUGCUAAUCCAAAUCCUUUUGGUCCCGUACCUACUCAUCCCGUAACUACAGACGUAGCAAACCCUUAUGGCGGAGCACCUGAAAAUACAGGUCCGAUUGGCGGACCGGGUGGGCUACCUACUCCGACUGCUAUUUCAAGUACCCCGGGAAUCGUACAAACUACUAUUAUCAAAGAAGCUGCUCCUCCUGUUACCACUUUAAAACCUACCUCCACCGAUAUCGUCUACGUUUCUAAUAAUUCUAAUAAAAGUGUAUCCAUCAAUAUUUGGGAUAUGGGAUUUUGGAUUUUAAUGACAGCUGUUGCCGCCUUUCUGUUUCUUUAA